AUGACGGGAGUAUAUAUGAAAGGUUCUUUAGUCCAGUCCUUUUUUCAGUUUUUCAGCCAGAAAAACAGUCACGAUAGCUUUACUUCAUUAUUUAAAAGCCAUAUUUUCAAAAUGUUCAGACUCCUUUGCUCUCUUUUAAUCACCCUCAUAACUGCUUCCGCGGAGGUUUCUCAGCACAUGUUCGGGCUAUUACAGGAAAUGUCGCAAUUCUCGGCUGUGGCAUACUGUAUUUCAGACAAGAAACUUACUCUUGGAAAUUUGGAAGACUCCUGCCCCACACGGUUCUGUCGGGGUUCAAAUGGGUUGAAAGUGGUAGAGAUAUUCGAGGGCAAAGCUACAGGAUAUGUCGUGAGUGAUGAAUUGAAUGAACGGAUAAUAAUUGCCUUCAGAGGAUCCCACAGCGCUGGAGAUUAUAUCGGCGACUCACUUGCAUAUCCAUUUCCUUACUCACCCCUUUCAGCUCCCGAAAAAAACUUCAAGCUGUGGCCCAGCCCAUCAUGUCGAGUACAUGCUGGAUUCUAUGCUGUUCUCGAAGACUUUUACAAUUCCGAGGCAUUUCUCCAAAUGAUGGAUUUGAUAGACUCAAAUCCCCGCUGGAAAAUUGUGGUGGUCGGGCAUUCUCUUGGUGGUGCUCUUUCUGCCCUUUUGGGGGCAGAACUGGCGAUUAUGGGUCACAACUUGUUAGUAGUAACGGUUGCGGCACCCAAGGUUGGCAACGCACAGUUUGCUUCAUGGAUUGAUGGUGUAUUCAACACGAGCUCAGUGCUGAAAAGUGUUCUUGAUGAUGUCACCCCACAAUUCGGGUAUCUCCGUUUGGAACAUAGCGGGGACCAGGUGCCGCGCCUACAACCUUCUUUCUUAGGCUGGAUGCAUGCAGGGGUCGAGUUCCUGAUCACAAAGGUGAAAUUACCACAUAACAGACAGGAUCUGAGCAUUGUUGAAAGUCCUGAGGAUGGUGACGAAGAUCUGGAUCCUAAUUUUUUGAAAGAAAUGGCCAAAUACCAGAAAAAGUGUCGUAACUGGCUGAUCUCCAAGUUCCAUAACGAGUAUUUCUUUGACAUUUCGGGUUGCAAAGGCUAA